GAGUUUCCUAAGUCCUAACGCACACACCAACACCAUGGGCGCGGCCAUGAUCUGGACGGUGGCGGCCGGUGCGGCGGCGGCGCUGGCCUCGUGGUGGGCGCUCAGCGCGCUGUCGCGGUUCGUGUGGCGGCCCCGCGCCAUAGCCAGGGCGUUCCGGGCGCAGGGCGUUGGCGGGCCAGACUACCAGUUCCUGGUCGGCAACCUCCUGGAGAUGAAGCGGCUCAUCGCCGAGGCCGCCGGCCUCGCGCUCGACGCCGGCUGCCACGACUAUGGCGCUCUGGUGCAGCCCCACUUACGUAAAUGGAUGGCCCUCUACGGGCGGACGUUCGUGUCCUGGUUCGGGGAGAAGCCGCAGUUGUUCAUGGGCGGCGUGAACAUGGUGCAGCAGGUGCUCUCCGACCGCACGGGGCUGUUCACCAAGAAUCCCGUCAACGAUCACUUCACCCGCGGGCUCGGCAAGGGGCUCAUCCUCAUCGACGGCGACGAGUGGAAGCGCCACCGGAAGGUCGUCCACCCAGUCUUCAACCUUGACAAGCUAAAGAUGUUGGCAGUGACCGUGUCCGGCUGUUUUCGGUCAGUGGUCUCCGACUGGGAGACAAAGUUGGAGAAGGGCAACGGCGAAUUGGAGAUCGAGAUUAGCUGCCAGUUCGGGGAGAUUGCAGCUGAUGUGAUCUCGCACGUAGCGUUUGGCAGAAACCACAAAGAGGCCAAGGAAGUACAUCUCAUACAGAAAGAGCUCCAGUAUCUUGUCUUCUAUAGUCUAUUCAAUGACGUUUUGAGCCAUAUCUCAGUAUUCAGGUAUCUCCCAACAAAAAAUAACCUGAAGAUGUGGAGGCUCCAGAGAAAGGUGAGGAGCAUACUGAUCAACAUCAUCGAAAGCCGGCUCGCCGCGAAGGACACAACAGGCUACGGGAACGACAUGCUCGGGGUAAUCCUGGAGGCAUGCGCGCCGGAGCAGGUGCAAAAUCCGCUCAUGAGCAUAGAUGAGAUCAUAGAAGAGUGCAAAACCUUCUACUUAGCUGGGCACGAGACCACAACACAGAUGCUUACCUGGACCAUGUUCUUGCUGAGCACGCAUGGGGAGUGGCAGCAGACGCUCAGAGAGGAGGUGCUAAGUGAGUGUGGCAACGAAAUCCCCACUGGCGACAUGCUCAACAAGCUGAAACUGGUCAACAUGUUCAUCCUUGAAACUCUCAGAUUAUACGCCCCCGUCUCACUAACCCAGAGGAUAGCGGGAUCAGAUGUCGAGCUCAAUGGCAUCAGGGUGCCUAAAGGCACGAUCUUGACAAUCCCGAUCAAAACGAUACACCGUGACAAAGAGCUAUGGGGCGAGGAUGCCGACGAAUUUAAGCCUAUGAGGUUUGAGAAUGGAGCGACGAGAGCCGCGAAGCACCCCAAUGCAUUUGUGCCCUUCUCUAGUGGACCAAGGGCAUGCGUUGGCCAGAACUUUGCCAUGAUCGAGGUGAAGGUCGUGGUGGCAAUGAUCCUGCAGAGGUUCUCAGUGACGAUAUCUCCGAAGUACGUCCAUGCGCCAAAGGAUGUUUUCACGAUAUGCCCCAAAUAUGGGCUUCCUGUUGUCCUUAGGAGCCUGUAGAGUUUGCUUAUAUCGAAGAUAAUACGUCUAUACCACGCUACAUCAAUUCUCGUUCGUGUUGUAAUGUUCACAGAUUUCAUCAUCUUGAUUGUGCCACAUGCUAUUUUUACACUUCAAUAAAAACUGUUUUCAUGCC